UCAUGACAUCUCGGGAAGCGACGGGGAGUGCUGCGUGGGUUUCCCGGAUGGAGCCGCGGCGCCAUCUUUACGCCUGCGUUACCGGCGGCUCUUCGGCUCAGCGGAGCGGUAGUGCGGUUGCUGCUGAUCCACCACCAGGAAUCGCCGAUCAGCCGAUAAUCCUCCCCUUUUCAACGGGAAGCCCCACUUCGCGAGCACCAUGGCGGACCGGGACAACCUCGUUUACCAGGCGAAGCUCGCCGAGCAGGCGGAGCGAUACGACGAAAUGGUGGAGUCCAUGAAGAAGGUGGCCAGCAUGGACGUGGAGCUGACGGUGGAGGAGAGGAACCUGCUGUCUGUAGCCUACAAGAACGUGAUCGGCGCCAGAAGAGCAUCGUGGAGGAUAAUCAGUAGUCUGGAGCAGAAAGAAGAAAACAAAGGCGGCGAGGACAAACUAAAAAUGAUCCGCGAAUACAGGAAAACGGUCGAGAAGGAGCUGAAGUCGAUCUGUAACGACAUCCUGGAUGUACUGGACAAGCACCUCAUUUUAGCUGCAACCACAGGAGAGUCCAAGGUUUUCUACUACAAAAUGAAGGGAGAUUACCACAGGUACCUGGCAGAGUUCGCCACGGGCAACGACAGGAAGGAGGCGGCGGAGAACAGUUUGGUAGCUUACAAAGCUGCGAGCGACAUCGCCAUGAUCGAACUGCCUCCCACGCACCCCAUCCGCCUGGGACUGGCCCUCAACUUUUCAGUCUUCUAUUAUGAAAUCCUCAACUCUCCGGACCGCGCCUGCAGGUUGGCAAAGGAAGCCUUCGACAACGCCAUCGCAGAGCUGGACACGCUGAGCGAGGAAAGCUAUAAAGACUCCACACUUAUCAUGCAGUUGCUACGCGACAACUUGACACUAUGGACCUCAGACAUACAGGGAGACGAUUCUUAAGGAUUCUUCUCCUCCGUAACACCGUGUGUUUUGUGAAGAACAGAACAAAGAAGCAGCUCCAGAAGCAGAGGAAGAAGCCCAGUGAGACUGAAGCAGACCUCCUCUUCCUCCUCAUCUCCUCGCAACACUAGCUCCUCCCCCUCCCACAGUCGCAGCUUUGUCUCCUCUCUAACCUUUUUCUCACCUGUUCGUCCCCGUCUCACCCCCCACCCCCCUCACCUGCACGUCUGUCCUCUCCGGGUCCACUUGGGUUUUACCUUCCCGAGCCCCGCCCCCUUUAACGUCCUCUUUUACUGUUUUUAUUUGACUCAUCUGUUGCCAAGCGCGCUUGCCUGUAUUUGUAACGAACAUGCAAGAGUUUAUUUAAAGACGAAUCUGGGUUUUUCCUGCGCGGCUGGAAGGACGCCUUCAGGAAGAGCCGAGCGUCCUCCGUUACUUUUGUGGUUCUCGUUCCGUCAGCAUUUCCUUUAGUCACCGACUCCAGAAGCUCCGCCUCCUCCCUCCUCCACUACUGGACCGCGUGCUGGACGGCUGUAGCUUUAGCUGAAGGCAGAUGGCUUUGUAACAUGGGAGGGGAAUGCGCCCAUGUCAUGUGACGCAGGUUUGCAUCGGCACUAUAGAAACACAGUUUGGGGGCGUGGCCUGCUGCAUCUGCGCUCUCCUGUCAUCUCCUGUCUUCUGUUCAGUACCUAUAACAGGAAUCUGGUUUGUACUACUGGAUUUUCUCACCGGAACCACAAGAACCAUCAGAAUUCUUACUGAACCACAGCAUGGAAUUAACAUUAAACUUCAAAUUAAAAAUGUUCAGUCAUUGUGUGCCA